AUGUCUGGCGCGGCGCUAGGUCAGCGGGUCAAGAUCUACGAGCUCUACCAAACCUCUUGGCGUUUCGUUACUCAAAUCAAGCACUCCAACCGAAUGGGAUAUAUCGGGAGUGACCCCCAUGGUGACCGACCAUCCCUUUCCUCACUCCUCCCCUCGGACUCAAACCAAGCACUCCAACCGUAUGGGACAUAUUGGGAGAGACCCCAUGGUGAGCGCCAAUCCGAAAUCGACCAAGUAGUACAAGAACGUCCCUUUCCUCCCUCACAAAGACUGAGGCACGAUGCGGAGAACCCCCAAAUUGCGUACACACGCGGUCACGGAGGCGCGAACUCCCUCCUCAACCCACUCUACCUCACUCUACGUGAAAAAUGCUUCGUGCUAACUCCCAGUAUAACAAACCCGAACGAACGGCGGACAAGUAGGAAUUCAUCGUUUGGGGUUGAAGCGCGCGAGGUCUCAGACUUUCAACCUACUCGACAAUGA